AUGAGCCUUGACCCCUUCAAAUUACUCUUGCUCUUUUCCUCCUUUAGCUUCACUGGUGUUCCUGCAGGAGCAACAACAGCAGGUUUAGGAUCUCAACAUGCCCAACUGCUACCAUAUAACAACCAAAGAACCUCUCAUUUUUUUAAUGUCAAGACAUUUGGUGCUCAAGCCGAUGGACUCACUGAUGACACCAAAGCCUUCCUAUCAGUAUGGAACAAAGCAUGUCAGGCUACUGGUGAGGUAGAUAUUAUGAUUCCCAAAGGCACAUAUUUGGUUGGUCCACUUAAAUUUGCAGGCCCCUGAAAUGUGUCUAAAAUAAUAGUCCAUAUGAAGGGUUAUCUCAAGGCAACAACAAACUUGUUUAAAUACGGAGAUGGUGCUGGUUGGGUUGAAUUUCGAUGGAUAGAAGGGCUAACCUUGACUGGAGGAGGGACCUUUGAUGGUCAGGGUGCCAAAGCUUGGCCUUACAAUAGCUGCUCCACAGACUUCAAUUGCAAACUUCUUCCAACUAAUGUGAAGUUUUUGGCGAUGAAUCGGACGAUUGUAAGAGGCAUAACAUCAGUAAACAGCAAGUUCUUCCAUAUGGCUCUUGUCGAAUGCAAGAACUUCAAGGGCAGCAAAAUCAAGAUUUCAGCACCAGCAGAUAGCCCUAACACUGAUGGUAUCCACAUUCAGCGGAGCUCCGGUGUCUACUUUUCGCGAUCACUUAUAGGUACAGGUGAUGAUUGCAUCUCAAUAGGUCAAGGGAAUUCUCAAGUCACCAUAACAAGUAUCAGCUGCGGACCGGGUCAUGGCAUCAGCGUCGGAAGUCUCGGAAGAUACAAGGAUGAAGGUGAUGUAAGUGGUUUGGUGGUUAGAGAUUGCACCAUGAUAGGGACCUCAAAUGGCAUUAGGAUCAAAACAUGGGCCAACUCGCCUGGCAGAAGCGCAGCAACCAACAUGACAUUCGAAAACAUUAACAUGGAAAACGUGACCAAUCCAAUUAUUAUCGAUCAAGCAUAUUGUCCAUUUGCAUCUUGCACACCAAUGGGACCAUCUCAAGUGAAACUGAGUGACAUUUAUUUCAAGAAAAUAAAGGGAACGUCGUUAUCUGCAGUGGCCGUAGCACUAGAAUGUAGCAAAGGGAUUCCUUGCCAGGAUAUUUACCUUGAAGAUGUUCACUUGGAGUUGGCAACUGGGGAGAAACAAGUCACUUCCACUUGUAAAAAUGUUAGGGCUAAAUACAUUGGCACCCAAAUCCCACCACCAUGUGCUUAGCUUUCAUGUUAAGGCAAUUUUGAUAUAUAUUUUAAAGUAACUCUGCAGUAAAUUAGCAAAUAUAUGUAGCGCGUAUAUAUAUGCAGUUUGUGCAGUUGACUAAUGCUAGCUAUCCCUGCCUGGAUAGUUUGAUACAAGUGAACUUGGAUGCUGAAUCUUGGUUACUGUUAAUUAUUGGAGAAAAAUUAUAAUCCAGAGGCAUUUUGCUCCAAUUUGUUGAAGCGAAAUUGAAAGUGUGAGCCAUUUUUAUAAUUUUAUUAACCAAGGAACAUGACCGAAGAAGGGCCAACAAAUUUUAUCAAUACAAGCGAGUCUGGAAAAAAGAUAAAAUGAAAAAACACAUUUUGGUUGAACCCGUAUGUUGAGGUUAGAGCUCUUCACUUGUUUUUGGUAGGGUAAGAAGCUAUUUUAUUGAUACCACAGAGACCCUCAGGUUUUCCAGUGUUCCUCUUCAUCCUUAUGUACCCUUUUUCUCCCCAUUUUGGUCCCCACGAAUUCUUUACAAUGAUGUAAUCUGAACCUUUCCAUGUUCCAUACCCAACUGCUGCUACUCCAUGGUCUA